UUUCCCGCAUUUUCUGUGACUUUUUUGGGGUCACUUUUUUCCAAGCUUCUCUCUCUCUUCCUUCUUUUGUCACUUUUUGGGUGAACACUGAACACUCUAUCUUAGUUCUCCACAGAAGCAGUAGAAAACAGAACUUCGUUGCAAAAUAUGGGUGCUUCUGACAACAACAACAACUUUCUCCAAGUUGUCUUCAAUAACUUUGAUGUUCUUGCUCUGCCCUUGGUUACGCUUGUUUACCCUUUAUAUGCUUCAAUUAAGGCCAUCGAGACCAAGUCUACUACUGAUGAUCAACAAUGGCUCACGUAUUGGAUUCUGUAUUCCAUUCUCACAAUCUUUGAGCUCACAUUCGCCAAAGUUCUUGAACUGCUUCCCAUUUGGCCUUUUGCCAAGUUGAUAUUCAGUUGCUGGUUGGUUCUGCCUCACUUCAAUGGGGCUGCAGUUGUUUAUAGGAAUUACAUCAGACCAUUCUAUAUGAACCCGCAAAUCCCAAUUCCUCAAGGCUCUCAAAUCUGGUAUUUUCCACAAAAGAAGUCCUUAUUCAAUCAGCCAGAUGAUGUUCUAAGUGCUGCUGAGAGAUACAUGGAAGAGCAUGGUACAGAAGCCUUUGAAAGACUUAUAAGCAAGAAUGACAGACAAGCUAGAGCAAGGAGGAAUGGAAAUUACAUGAUCUUUGAUGAUGACUAUAGAUAUUGAACUUCGUUAAGGUGUCACUUUGGCUGUUGCUAAUAUUUCAAUAUAUUUCAAUACAUUGAUGAUGACCAAAUAUGUUGAACUUUGUUAAUGCGUCACUUUGGAAGUUACUAAUAUUUCAGUAGAUUAUUUUGUGGAAUGAAAUAUAAACUACGUACUAAUUAUUCUCAUGUCA